GGGAGAGCGGUUCGUCUCAUCAGCUCCUUGACCGUAAAGUGAGCAGCGGAAGGAAGGAAGGAAGCACCUGAACCUGCGUGUCUUAUUUAUUUAACACUAGUUACGGUGCACGACACGGCUUAAAAAAUAUCAUAAAAGUACAGUUAAUAUGUCGUGAAAACAAUUUCCGACUUGUUUCAACCAUUGGAAAACUGUAUUUUUUUUCUGAAUGGGAGCGUGGAAGCGCAGCACGCUGAAUUUCGUGCGGCUAUAGCUGGUUUCAACUUUGUGGAAAUAUGUAACUGUGACAAAUGAGACUGUAACAUGGAGCAGUCGGCUACUCUCGACAUAGAGACGCUGAAGAUUACCCAGGAGCAGUUUAUCCUCGCGUCCCAGUCCCUGCACCUCCAGAGACCCGGCUGUGGUGCCGUGUACCCGGUGGGUCUGUACGGCUGGAGGAAACGAUGCCUCUACUUCUUCCUGCUGCUGCUGCUGGUCACCAUGAUCGUUAACCUGGCCCUCACUGUCUGGAUCAUAAAGGUCAUGAAUUUCUCAGUGGACGGGAUGGGAAACCUUCAGUUGAAGCAGGAUGGGAUUCGCCUGGAGGGAAUCUCCGAGUUUCUUCUGCCUCUCUACGUGAGCGAGAUCCAGUCCAGGAGGGACAGCUUGUUGGUCUUGGGCUCAGAAAAGAACGUAACGCUGAACGCCAGAAACCAUCUUGGCCAGCUGACCGGUCAGCUCUCAGUGGGGCCCGAGGCUGUGGAGGCCCAGUGCCAGAGGCUGGAGGUACGCAGUAAAGACGGAAGCAGACUGCUGUUCACUGCAAAUGAGGAGGAGGUCAUCAUGACAACAGAGAAGUUCACCGUCACAGGCUCAGAAGGCGCUGUGUUUGGACACUCAGUAGAAACUCCCCUGAUCCAGGCGAGGGCUUCUGAAGACCUGAAGCUGGAGUCUCCAACAAGGACCCUGACCAUGGAGGCUCCCAGGGGGGUGGAGGUUAGCGCUGCCGAAGGGCCGCUGAAGGUCAGCGGGCGCAAAGAUCUGCAGCUGGAGUCCACAGAGGGAGAGAUACUUUUAGAUGCCAACACCAUUCAGCUGGGUAGUCUCCCGCUGGGCAUCUAUACCGCAGCACCCAACCAGGCCUCCCAGGAGCAGACCGUAUACGAGGUGUGUGUCUGCCCCAGCGGCAAGAUCUACCUCUCUCCUGCAGAGACCAGCUCCACCUGCCAGGCCAUGAGCAACAUCUGCCUCUGGAGCUGACCUGCCAGCAGCGUUGGCCAUGGGGGACACCUGUAACAUCUGCUCUGGAGCUGCUGAGGUUGAGAAUCCUCUGUUGGUACAUUAGAGUGGGAGCCACCACAGCUGAACUCUGAGCUGAGGCUAGAGAAGUACAGAAGCACCCAGGUCCAACCAACCAACCAGGACCACUGAGUGUGUUGAGAGGAGCUCUCUGAAAUCAGGAACUCAACCACUAAACUAUACUAGAGUCAGAGGACACACCCUUUAUUUUUCUACUUUAGGCUCAUUCUAAACAGGAAGUGAACUUUUGAACUUUUUCAAGAUUCUGAAAUAAUAGAUGAGAAAAGGUAAAACACAGGUGCCUUCAGCUUUGAAAGAACUCAUAUUGUGACUUGAACCUGUCUGUUCAAUCAGAGAGAGGUAUUAAAGGUUUUUAAAGACGUGAUGUUAGAAAGACACUUAAGCACAACUCUGUCAUGCCCCCCGUCCACAAAAUCCAGUUUUCUUUUUGUUUUUUGUAAUCUCACUAGAUAUUUUAGUUUUUUUCCACUGUGUUAGCAGCUGUUUAAUUUGAGAUUAAACAUGUUUUUUGGUGGCA